GACCGACGUCGCCAGGGACCAGCACAGGCUGGUACUGGCAGGAUUGCCCCUGGUCUGAGGAGUGGGGGCAAAGCAGUUGGCAACCAGGGUCUGGCGGCUACUGCGGGUCCGUUAGGUACGAGGGCAGCGGGCCCUCUGGACAGGAGCGCGGCGACGACAAGUUCGUGCCCGAAUGGGACGGGAAAGCCGUGCCUCUAAGGACGUACGAGCGGCGCGUGAAGAUCUUCGAGCUGAACACGGCCAUCCUGCCCGAGCGUCGGGGCGGGCGGCUUCUCUCGAGGCUCAAAGGUGACGCUGAAGCCAAAACAGAGAACCUCGACCCUGAGACCCUCGCUAGGCCGGACGGCGUCCGGGUGCUGUUGCGCUAUCUCCAUGAGAAGUACGACCAACAGGAGACGCUGAAGGUCGGCACGCUCGUAGAUGAGUUCGUGGAGAAGGUCAGCCGGAACGCUGGCGAGGAGAUCAUGGACUUCGAGACGCGGUACGAGGCCAAGGUGCGCGAACUCGAGGAGGCGAUGGAGGAGCCGCUCAACAAGCACUUGAAAGCCCACUACUUCCUGAAGAAACUGCGCGUGGGCGGCGACAAGGAGAGCCAGAUCAUCACUGGUGCUGGCAACGAGCUGGUCUACGAGAAACUUCGCGACUCGGCUAAAGCUUGCAUUCCUCGGGUGUCUAUGCUGAGGAAUCGGGCGGCGGCGCCGUUCAACGGAGCCAACCGCGAGUACCUGAACAGGAAUCGCCGGAGGCUCGGUAAACCCUUAGGCAGGGGCGGCGCCCGAAAGGUCCACGCUACCGAAAACGCCGAAGCCGAGGCUGAACGCGAAGGCGCCGAGGCCGAGGGCCCCAGCACGUCCGCCGAGGAGGACGACGACGACGAGGAGCCGGACUCGGAGGUCGACGCUGGCGUGGACCCGAAUAUCGCGGAGAACGAGUUGGUCCCUGAGGAGCUCCAGGCGUACCUCACGGAAAACGAGGUGCUCAUGACGCAGGCUAAGAAGGCGCGCGCCGAGGCUGAGAAGGCGCGCGACUUCUACCGUGGACCUGGCGGCAGGGCCAGCGGAGGCCGAGGCGCCGAUUCCGAGCGCAUCCGGAAGCUCAAGCUGACGCUCCCGUGUAAGCGAUGUGGCAGGCUGGGCCACUGGAAGGACGACCCUGAGUGCCCUCGGGCCCCGGGGAAGGCUAGCACGGCUGGUAAGGCGGCCGGUGCGGAAGGCAAGGGCACGUGGGUCGUGGCCCGCGCUGAAGAGCCCGCGGAGCGGGAGAAAGAACCGGCGGAGCCGGCGCACCUGGAUGGAGACUGCCCGGGCGAAGUCGACAAUGGCGUGAAGAUAACACGCUUCAGGAGCGAGGAGGAAGAGGAGGCCUUUCCCCUAUGUCUCUCCCCUCCUUCUUCCAACCUCCAAGCCGCCGCGGGACAUCCGAUGUCCGUACUAGUCGCAGAAACGGGCGACGCUGUGUGGCUGAUCGUUGUGGACACGGCGUGUGCUAAGUCCGUGGCGGGGCUCCGGUGGUACCGGCGCUUGGCCAUCUACGUUAGGAAGAACUGGGGCAUCGAGCUCGAGACAGUCACCGAGCGCGAACCUUACCGGUUCGGACCGGGGAAGACGAUCUACAGCUCCCAAGCGUUGCUGUUGCCCAUGGAAUGGGACGGCAAGGGGGCCGUGAUUAGGAUCAGCUUGGUGGAAGAGGACGUUCCGCCAUUGAUCUCGGGCGGAGCCCUGAAGGCCCUGGAGGCCCAUAUCCACAUGAAGGAGGCCGAGAUCACACUCGGUGCCCUCAGCAAGGCCAGGCACAAGCUCAGGGAGCUGCCGUCGGGGCACCUGGCCAUGGCUGCUGUCAGUUACGGACCUGGGGGGCCAGGAGCGGGCGCACAGGAAGCCGUGAGCCGCUGCCGGGCCGGGGCUGAGAUCGCGCUGUAUGGGCGCGUCCGCGGAUCCCCAUACGAGGCCGUGCGCCGUGCGCUUUACACGGACCCGUACAGCGAGCACGAGCAAGCGCCAUCUUCGGUGGCCCUGGGACGCGCGCGCGGGCAGAUGCCGCCAUGGCGCCCGACUGUCGUGCAGUGUCGCAGCGGAGCUGCGAGGGCGAGUGUGGCAACUCGGUUGGUAUUCAUGGCAUGGAGGGCCUGGUAUCAGGAGUUGUUGGUGGAUUACCUGGAGCGGGAGGUCCUCACCCUUCGCCAGAGGGAGGACACCCCUCGAAGCAUCUGGGAGAUGCGGAAGGCAGAGCUGGUGACGCUGGCCAUGCAGCGACUCGGCUGGCAGAGGGCCCGCGCGGAGGCAGAGACCGUUGGUCAGUUGAGGCUCGUGCUUCGAGAAAAGAAGGACGAGAUCCAAGCGUCGGAAGUGGAGAAAGACGACCCUCGAACAACCUUACCGACGGGCCUCACCAAUAUGAAGUUGGCGCAGCUGCAGGAGGAGGCCGCGGUGCGGCAGAUACCGCUGACACGGUCGAACGGCGCCGACAAAAGACGGGAAGAGCUCAUCCGAGACGUCAGGCUGUUCGUGAGCGAAGCCGUCGAGCGGUUCAGCGGCCGCGCGGGGGACGCGCCCGGUGCUGGCAGCCAUGCGAGCACGCAGGCUGCCGGCGGCGGGAAGCAAGGGCGCGGCAGCGCCCGAAACCGACGUUUGAAGGGCCCCACGGCGACGGCAGUGCGCAAGGCAUGCCUGGGCAUCGCCUCGGCAUGGUUGCUUGGGGUAGCCACCCUCGGGACCUGGCUCGAGGAAACUGGCGGCGGGCAGUGGGCCCGUCACCGUUGGGGUACGGACCGCGUGGACGUGGUCGAGUUCUUCGGAGGCGGCAGUGACGUCAGUCGCAUCGGAUCCAAGAAUGGUUGGUGGUGUCUCCGUCCUUGGGACGCGAAAUGCGGAGCCGACCUCGCACAGGAGUCCGAGCAGGCGGAGGCCUUGGGAAUGUUGAGCGAUGUGCGACCGAGGUUGGCUGUGGUGGAGCUCCCUGGCUCCUCAGUCGGCGGCGCCCAACGCGGUACUCACCAGAGCAAUGCCGAUCAGCAGCGACAACGAGCCGAGCGACGACGGCAGCGGUCGCUGAUGGAGUUUACCCGGAAGGUGUUCGAGGUGCAGGCGGAAAAUGGCGGUUGCGCCCUGGUGAGGAAUGAGUCAGCCAUCCACGCGGUGGAGGCCCUCCCUUCGGUUGAGGUAGUCAAGGGCGGCCUGUGUGUGAGAGUCACGGGUCAGCCAGCGUGGUGGGCAACGAACUGCCCUGAGAUCGCAGCGGUGCUGCGGCGAGAGUGUUCCGUGGUGCACGAGCGUCGCUCGGGGGUCAACGACAAGGCCACAUCAAGCACUGGGCGACACUCUUUAGCGCUCGGUGUGCUUCGAGGGCUCAAGCGCCAUCUGACGCGCGUGGAGCCUGAGAGGAUCGGGUGGCGCGGACGGCUCCCGGGAACGCGGCCUUCAGGUCAGGGUCGCAGCGUGCACGAGGGGCGCGCGACGAAACUCGAACCAGGACCAGCAUCUUACCCCACAGGGCUCGGAGAGACCGACAGCGGGAAUGCGAUCCCUCAGGGGAUUACGUUUAAGUUUCCAGACACUCCGAUGGGCAAGUCGCUGGCCCAGCGGAUGACGCCGGAGCUACGUCGGAACCUGCGUCGACUCCACCUCAACACGGGGCACGCGAGCCCCGAAGAUUUGGCUAGGUUAGUCGCCAAGGCCGGCGGCUCCGAGGUGGCGGUCGCGGCGGUCGCGGGAGCCAAAGCACUCCGGUGCUCCAGCUGUGCGGAACGCCCGCGAGCGAGGCCCCCGCGGCCCGCGCGACUUCGAGAGGACGACUUGUCCUUCAACGAGGUCGUGCAAGCAGACCUGUUCAAGAUUCCCGACCAGUGCGGAACAGGUUGGUGGUUCCUGUUGGUGCAGGACGUGGCGACGGGGUACUGCACGAUCGGGCUGAUCAAUGCGCACAGCAGCGAAGAACUGUGGGGGCAGUACGAGCGUUUGUGGCUCUGCUGGGCGGGGCCACCAGAUCAGUUCGUGACAGACAACGAGCGGGGGCUCGUCAGUGGAAGCUUCGUGGACGCCCUCUCGAGGAGCGGCACCGCGUACGACCCUACCGCGGCGUACGCGCCCUGGCAGAAAGGCAAGGUCGAGCGGAAGAUCCAGGAGGCAAAGAACGUGAUGAAGAAAAGCAUCCGGCACGGAGCGUAUUCUGGGAUCGAUGAGAUGCAAGCUCUCGCGUGGGAAACUGCGUCAGCCCUCAACCAUUUCCCUGGGCAGUGCGGCUACAGCCCAUCACUGCUUCUCUUCGGGCAGAAGAUGAAGCUUGUCGGCGAGUGCUGGCACGAGGGCAAAGCGGUGAGCUAUCACCCAUGUGUGGCCGAAGAGGGCGAUCCACUGGCACGGCGACUCAAGAUACGUGAGCACUGUCAGCAGUCGCUCAUCAAGACGCGCAGUCAAGAGCUCGUGCGGAGGGCCGUGGCCGCGAGGAGUCGCGGCACUCCGGCGGAGUGGAAGGAAGGCGAACGCGUGUUCUUUUUCCGGCCUUACCGCACGGAGCGUGGACGCCGGGUCAACAAGCCGGAGUGGUGCGGACCUGCUCUGGUGUUCGGGAGGCGCAACGACAACGUUUGGGUUCAGUACGGCGGCAAACCGUUUCUGGUUGCGCCAGAACACUUGAGGCCUCUGAGCCCAGAGGAGCAACACCUGGCGGAGGAUGCCGACCUCGCCCGGUCUCUGGACGAGAUUCGACAGGCUAUGAGCCGCGAAGAGUUUGAAGACCUCACUGGCCUGAAUGCCGGACCGGAUGAAUUAGCGGCCGCGGACGGACUCGUUCAGGGGGAAGCCUCCGAGCAGGAGCGGGAAGGCCCUGGGGACGGGGGAGUGGUCGAGGUAGACCCUCCUGCGCCCGGGGGCACCCCCAGGGAGGAGGCCCGAGACGAGGCCCAAGGCAGCGGACUGCCUCGGGGCGUGCCGCGCGAACUGGAACGCUUCAUCACCAUGCCAGGCUGGCAUGUGAGUGAUCGGGGCUGCCCGGUGAGGAGCCUCGGUGAGGCCUGGGCCAGAGUUACGCUGGACGCGCGAUUCCCGCUCGAGAAAUGGCCGCUCAGGACGACUUACGAGAAACACGGCGGCGAGUGGCGCUGCACAGAGCAUCGGGUUCGGUGGGCCCAGCUGACGAACCCGAGGGAGCUAUUGCGGCCGGCAGCAGAUCGCAUGCUCGUGGUGUUCGAAGAAGAGAAAAAGCGCCAGCGAGAGCCGACGCUCGCGACAGUCGAAGGACCCGCCGCGGUGCGGCGGACAGGCGAGGCCCCGAGUGGGGCCAGUUACCAGGCUCACCAGGUGAUGACGGCGUAUCACCGCGGGACGGGGUCCGCACUGCUGGACCGAAAGACUCAAGAUCGCGAGCUUAAGUGGGACGAAAUAGCGCCUAAGGAUCAUGAGGCGUUCCAGGCCGCUGUGGAGAAGGAGUGGGAUUCCUGGCUCCGCUACAAGUGCGUGUCGGUGCUGGAGCCAGAGGCCUCACAGGAAGUGUUGCGGACAGUGGACCGGAGUCGGAUCCUCGGGAGCGACAUGAAGCUCAAAGACAAAAAUGCCGCCCUAAGGACGCCCGAAAAUGAUCUGCCGCUCAAGGCUAAAGCACGGUUGUGCGUGCAGGGCCAGCACGAUCCCGACGCGAAGCUCGGAACAGUCAAGACGGACGCUCCCACGGUGCAGCGAUCUGGGUUCCACGCCUUCCUGCAGCUAUCGGCGAACUUGGGGUGGCUAUCUCAGUUGGCCAUCGGUAUGCUCAUUGUGCACGUGGACGAUUGCAUGUUAGCCCACGACGGCAGCGCCGAGAUGCGUGCCAAGGAGGCGAGGCUGCGCGAACGUUUUCCUUUCGGGUCUUGGACGGUGGUCGCGCAGCAGGCCGAGGGAGAUGUGUACACCGGUCGUCGGAUCAGAGUGGACGGGUCAUGCGUCGAAGUGGGAAUGCCAGAGUUUGUCGAAGGGAGACUUGAGGAGGUGAAGGUCGACCGUCAGGCAAAAGGUGAGGACCCAGUGAGCCCCCUCGCGAAGGCUGAGUUUCAGUCAGCGACGGGGUCGCUCCACUGGCUGGCAAGCCAGUACCGUCUCGACAAAGCCUACGAGACAAACCGGUUUCAGAAAUUGCAAAAGGCGCCCACCUGGUCCGACGCGAGAGAACUCAACAAGUGUAUUCGAGACGUGAAAGCCAGCGGAGGCGCUCGGCUUCGGAUCGCUCCCAUUAAAGGGAGGAUGGGCGUUGGCUGUUGGCACGACUCGUCCCUGUAUGGGAAUGUGAGCGAGCUCAUUGAGGGAGACGAGGACCUCAAACGGUUCGAUCGCCAUAAGGUGAGGUCCCAAGCCGGCGUGGUGGUGGCUGCCAUCGACCUCGACUGCUUGGAGCAGGACGAGCUGCCGAUAUCAAUCCUGGACUGGCGAAGCCGAGCCAGUCAUCGGGUGGUGACGUCGACGUUCUCGGCGGAGACGGCGGCGUGCCUAGAGGGCCACGGGAUGGCCUACUACAUGCGGGCGUUGCUGUGUGAGGCAACCUACGGUUGGAGCGGUACUCCUGUCGUGGAGUACGGCCGUGCGGACGCGAUGGAUCGCGGCGCGAGUGGUGCCGGCUCCGACGCGGGGCAUCGCAGCGGCCGCCGAGGCAAAGAGGCCCCGCGGCGCGGGGAGGAGCCGACGGCUCAGACCACGCGGAGCCGCAGCCGCGGUAAAGGAGAAGAACCCCCGCGGCGCGGGGAAGAGCGGCGGCGCUCGCCGGCGGAGCCAGCGGAGCCGGCGGAGCCAGCGAGGGUCGAGCGAAGGGCGACGCCCCCGAAACGCACGGGGUGCGGAGACGGUGGCGGCCCAGUGUGCUUCACCCGGCGCCACCUGGGGGGUGACGGGGAGAGUAUCGAAUCCUACCCGUCGGAGCACGCGGCGCUGAAGACGGCUGACCAUUUGAUGGUCUUCACGCAGCUGGAGGUGGACCAGCUGCCGAACUCGGAGUGGAGCCUAUGGGUGUCUAACUUUCUCAGGGUGGCGUACCCUGGGGCACUGGUGCCCGGCAAGGACAGCGCCGAGGAGUUAGCGUACCGCUGGAACAACGUGGUGCACCAGGACGGCUUGAAGUACAAGCGCUGGACACUGGUGAUGGACCUGCUCAAGACUUACCCGCUGGCAGCGACGUACUGGCAGGCGGCGGCGCAGCGGAGACUGAUGGUCAGCAUCCCGCCGCCAGCUGCAAGCGCACGGGAUGCAAGCGCCAGAGACUCAGACUCGGAUUCGGAGUACAGUUCGGACGAAAAGCGUGCCGCGCCAGAGGUCGGCGCGAAGGCACGGGCCGAGGUUGAGCACGACGAAAGGUCCUGCUCGGCGCGGCGCGCCAGGGCGGAGGAAGACUCGGAGGGCGACGACGGGUCGUCAGGCCGACGCUCUCGCCGACCGCCUCGCGCCCGGAGCCCGUCGCCGGAGGCGCACGUCGAGGAGCACAAGGGCGGCAAAGGCUCGAAGGGUGACAAGGGUAAGAAAGGCAAGGGCUCGAAGGGCUCGAAGGGCGAGAAGGGCAAGGGCACCAAGGGCGGCAAGUCUAAGAAGGGGCCUCUGCCGGGGUCGAUUCCCAGCGAAGUUCUCAACCCGAACAUCUGCCGGCUCUGCUUCAAGGAGGGGCACUGGGGCAACCAGUGCCCGGUGUACUACCAGGACGGGACGCCGAAGGAGGGACCGGCGCCCUGGGGGAAGCCGGCCGAAGCGCCAGACACGACGGCUCCGAAGUGA